CUACCCGUUGCGACGCCCCACCGAGGCGGAGGGGGGGAAAAACGUGCUCUCAUUCUCAUACCGUCGCCUCCAAUGCGGCGUCUCGCUCUCCUCCUCCUGCCUCUCCUCCUCGCCGCCGGCGCCACCACGGCGUCGGCGGAGCUCGCGACCCCUCCCGCCGCCUCUCCUACUCCUCCUCCAUCUCCCCCAACGCCUCCCCCUCCUCCGCCUCCGCGUCCGCCGACCCUCGCCGAGCUCCUCCCGAAGUACGGCCUGCCCCCGGGCAUCUUCCCCUCGACCGUCACCGCCUUCUCGCUCGCUAGCAACGGCAGCCUCACCGUCGACCUCGCGGGCCCCUGCUACGUCCACUUCGAGUACCUCACCUACUUUGACGCCCACAUCACGGGGGUGCUCCGCUACGGCUCCCUCUCCGACCUCCAGGGCGUCCAGGUCCGCCGCUUCCUCAUCUGGUACAACGUGGUCCGCAUCAAGGUCGACCUGCCCCCGCCGCCGCGCUACGUCUACAUCGACAUCGGGUGGAUCACGCGCAAGCUCCCCGCCGACGACUUCGAGUCGCUCCACGCCUGCGAGGACUCCAAGAGGUGCCGCCUGUCCUCCGCGCUCGCCGUCGCCGCCAAAUGGUUCCAGGACUUCUUUGCCCAAUUUUUUUAGGGGAUGGGGAAGGCCUACGAUUUGACAACAGCAUUGGAUGAGUUCCCUGCCUUCGACGCCCUAAAAGGAUUGUAUGAACCUUGAACGAGCUGGAACACUGCCAUUUGUUACUCUCUACACGCAAUGCAGCUAAUCAAGCUGUUGUCCCAUUUGUACAUUUGUCAACGUUUGAUUGCCACAUGAUCUUGUGGAUUGUGCGUCUAUUCCUUCUAUCAACAUGUUGAGAACAGGUAGCAAAUAUGAAAUUGCUUGUUUCAUCACAAUGAAACGAUCGUUCAGCAGUAAAUAAAGAUGGGGAAACGAAGUUUGCAAUUGCAAUUGCAA